AUGACAGCAGUUUUUCACCGGCUACAUCUUCGGUAGAUCCAAUGAGGUAACGCCGCGUUCUGGGCCCGACUGCAACCAGUAAACCUGUGAUAAGGGGAACUAAAAUUCCCAACUGGGACAGCAGAGAGACUGCAAAUCAAGGCAGUACGUAGUGAACUAGUGUUAGAAUCCCCCGCUGAAAGUAUAUUGUGUGGAAGCUCCUGUACAGCUUCAUCUGAUCACCUGAAGAACCUGUGCACAGCUGGGUGGAUGCAGGUGAACUGAGAGGAGUCCCUGAUGUGAUAAAGCUCAUAAUGGGAAUAAAGAUCCAGAUGGUGGUUGCUCUCACCUCUCUCCUUCUUGCCGUGUUCCCUUCUCUCACAGUGACUGUAGCUGUGAUGUCAGUUGACCUUGGGAGUGAGUGGAUGAAGAUGGCAAUAGUAAAACCUGGUGUGCCAAUGGAGAUUGUUCUCAACAGGGAGUCGAGAAGGAAAACGCCCACAGUGGUCUGUCUAAAGGAAAACGAGAGAUUGUUUGGAGACAGUGCAUUAGGAGUGUCUGUGAAAAAUCCCAAAACGGUUUAUAGACAUCUGCAAAGCCUUCUGGGUAAAAAACAUGACAACCUGCAGGUGAAGGUCUAUCAGAGAUGUUUCCCUGAGCAUCAGCUGCAGGGUGACCCAGUGAGAGGAACAGUUUACUUCAACAGCUCCCUAGAAACUUAUUACUCACCUGAGGAGCUGCUGGGGAUGAUGUUGAAUUAUUCACGUGGGUUGGCUCAGGACUUUGCAGAACAGCCAAUCAAAGACACAGUCAUCACCGUACCAGCUUUUUUUAACCAGGCAGAGCGAAGGGCAGUCUUGCAUGCUGCACAGAUGGCAGGUCUAAAGGUCCUUCAGCUCAUCAAUGACAAUACAGCCGUGGCCUUAAAUUAUGGUGUUUUCAGAAGGAAAGACAUAGACAGCACAGCCCAGAACGUCAUGUUUUAUGAUAUGGGCUCAGGAAGCACGACGGCCACCAUAGUCUCAUAUCAGACAGUGAAAACCAAAGAGUCUGGUACCCAGCCACAGCUACAGAUCCGGGGAGUUGGGUUUGAUCGAAGUCUGGGGGGCUUUGAGAUGGACCUGCGGCUGCGGGACCACCUGGCCAAGCUGUUCAAUGACCAGAAGAAGAGUCCGAAGGAUGUGAGAGAGAACCACCGAGCCAUGGCCAAGCUCCUUAAAGAGGCACAGAGGCUGAAGACGGUGCUGAGUGCAAAUGUUGACUUCAUGGCCCAGGUGGAAGGCUUGAUGGAUGAUAUCGAUUUCAAAGCGAAGGUGACCAGAGUGGAGUUUGAAGAACUGUGUGCUGAUCUGUUUGACAGAGUCCCUGGGCCGGUGCAGGAGGCCCUCACAGCAGCAGACAUGAAGUUGGAAGCUAUUGAGCAAGUGAUUUUAGUCGGGGGUGCCACUCGUGUCCCCAAGGUUCAGGAAGUGCUGCUCAAAGCUGUGGGGAAAAUGGAACUGGGGAAAAACAUCAAUGCAGACGAGGCGGCGGCAAUGGGAGCUGUAUACCAGGCAGCUGCUCUCAGUAAAGCCUUCAAGGUCAAACCCUUCCUGGUCCGAGACGCAGCCAUCUUCCCCAUUCAGGUGGAGUUCAACCGGGAGGUGGAGGAAGAGGAAGGAAUCAAAACCCUGAAACACAACAAGCGCAUCCUGUUCCAGAGGAUGGCGCCCUACCCGCAGCGGAAAGUCAUCACCUUCAAUCGCUACACUGAUGACUUUGCCUUCAAUAUCAACUAUGGAGACCUCAGCUUUCUAAGUCAGGAGGACCUCAGUGUGUUCGGCUCUCUGAACCUGACGACGGUCAAGCUGUCUGGAGUGGGCCACAGCUUCCAGAAGCACACCGAUGCUGAGUCCAAGGGGAUCAAAGCUCAUUUCAACAUGGAUGAAAGUGGAGUUCUGCUGCUGGACCGGGUGAAGUCCUCCACAGUCACCAGUCUAAGCUCCAAUCGGAAGCAUCCUUUCAGUCAACUUUGUACAUUUAUAUGGAAAAAUUCUGUAGGGCUUUUCAACUUUCUGGUUGGAAGCAGUUUGUUUUCUUCUAAUUGUUCUUCAGUUGUGAAAGGUGAGGAGAAGGUCUCAUUCAAUUCAUUAAAAUUAAUUUUAAUAUCCCUUCUGCAGGUGGAGUCGGUUUUUGAGACAAUUGUGGAAGAGAAGGAAGAGGAAUCUACUUUAACUAAACUGGGCAAUACCAUUUCCACGCUGUUUGGAGGAGGGUCCUCUGAGCCAACUUCAAAUGUAUCCGAACCCAUUCAGGAGGAAGAGGAAGUUCCUCCUGAGUCUGGGAAGGAGAGUAAUGAGGCCCAGAAAAAUGAGGACAAGGACAAUGAGACUAAAAAUGAUUCAGUGAAAAGUCCAACAGAAGAGAAAAACGAGGAGAAACCAGAGGACACAACCAGUAAAACAGAGACUCCGCAGGAAAAAGGUGACCAGAAAUCAGAAAAUGCCGAGACGGAGAAAAAGACAAAACCUCAGAAAAGAACCAAGAUAUCCGAAGAUGUCCCCAUGGAACUUCUCAUCAAUGACAUUAUGGACCCCACCGCUGAUGACCUAAUUUCCUCAAAAAAGAAGCUCCAGGACUUGACAGACAGAGAUCUAGCAAAGCAGGAAAGGGAGAAGAUCCUGAACAGUCUGGAAGCAUUUAUCUUUGAGACGCAGGACAAGCUGUACCAGGAGGACCACCAGCAGGUGGUGACGGAGGAGGAGCAGGAGCAGAUUUUGAGCAAACUGAAGGAGGCUUCCGACUGGUUGGACGAGGAGGGCUAUGGUGCCACCACCAGGCAGCUGAAGGAGAAGCUGUCUCAGCUCAAAGGGUUGUGUAAGGACGUGUUCUUCAGGGUGGCGGAGCGAAGGAAGUGGCCGGAGCUGCUGACUGACCUCGACAACACACUCAACACAUCCAACUUUUUCCUUAGGGGUGCCAAACUGAUUCCAGGGGAUGACCAAAUAUUUACAGAAGUUGAGCUAAAUAUGUUGGAAAAAGUUAUCAAUGAAACUACGGUUUGGAAAAACGAAACGGUGGCAGAGCAGGAGAAGCGAUCUCCACAUGAGCGGCCAGUCCUGCUGUCCAGAGACAUUGAGUCUAAGCUGCUCCUGCUGCAGCGGGAAAUGAAUUACCUGCUGAACAAAGCCAAGUUCGCAAAGCCAAAGCCUAAACCUAAAGCCAAGAAUGAGACGAGCACCGAUGCAGGCAACAAAGUCAAUGCCACAACAGAAGAAAAAGUUAUUCCUCCCACAGAGGAAAGCAAGAACCCAAAGACCGCAGAAAGCUUAGAAGAACAGAAGCCAGGUGAAUCCCCGCCCACUGAAGAGAGCACUCCACAUACAGCUACUGACAGCCAAUCACAACCCAUAGAAGAGACCCUGAGCAAAGAGUCUGCAGAGAGUGCUACACAUGGAAACCAUGUAGAAGAUGAAUUAUAACAACUGGACCUAAGGCGGGAAAAGAAAAUCACUAUUUAUUGAGACAUUUUCAACUUUGUUUGCCUUUUUUUAAUUUUGGAUUUUUUUAUUGCCCUGUUUGUUCAGUUGCUGGGCUGAUUCUGGUUAAAGACUGGAGAAUAUUCCUUCCACCUCUUCCCUCCCUACCACUUUGUCCCAUCAUAUCUUCUGGUCUCUUUGGAGUUUGUGAGCAUUGGACAUUUUGAAGAAGUAGGUUAUGAAUAAAUACAGCCUGAGAAACCAUUGGUGCCCUGAAAUACUGCACAAAAUAUGUCAAGUUUAAAAUCUAGGUCUCUGUUUUUCAAAUCAUUUUGAAAUGUUUAAAUGAUUUAACCUUGGCUGACCAGUUGGUCUGGAAUGGUUUGAAAUUCCUCUGGCAUCACCCACAGCAGCUAUGGUUCCAUUGGACAGACUGGCAUUUAAUAAAAUAACCUUUUAAUUUUGUUUUAUUUGGCACAAAAUUGAAAAUUUAAAAGCUCUAGAGUUAUAUUUGCAUAAAAACAAAAACAAUGAACAGAGAUGAGGCAAACUUUAUAUUUAAGUAUAUCAGCAGUAAUCACCAUGUUUAUUAUAAAUCUGACAUUUGCUGAGACAAGCUUGAAUGAACAGGCCCAAUUUUAAUGCAUCAACAAACUGGAAUACUUGAAGCAGCAUCUCCAGAUGUCCAGCAGCAUUUUCACUGAAUCAUAUGAAUAUUGGAGAUAUCGAUGCCUAGUGGACUCCACAUUAGCGGAGCUCAGUCGGUAUGCUAGCAUCCAUUUUUUGGUUCUAAUUACCAUCAUAGAUGCGAUUGAGCUUUAUUAAAAGAAAAAUACUUGACCUGGUGUGGUCCGUCAUAUAGCUAUGAAGCUAUAAGUAUUGCAAAUAAUUGGUCCAGCCAUCAGGUCUGCUCAUCAGUCAGUCUUUCUCUUACUUAAAGGUGUGAAUGGUAAAUAUAUCUGUGGAGAAGUGUCAUUGGUUUUCACUGUUAUAUAUCCAGAGUGGGUUUUUUGUUGUUUUUAUUUCUCUUUAAACUGGUUCUUGUGCUAAAUCUGAGCUGUUGCCAGUUGUCUUGAGAACU